UGAGAUGUUUUUUUUUAUUUUUAGCUGCUGGGCCCAACGAAUGGAACAUGCGUACGAGAAAGAUUUGUCAUUUCCGGCCAAAAUGUUAACAGCCAGGUUCCAGUUUUAUGCGGAUACAACACCGGGCAACACAUUUACGUGGAUGUUUCCAUGCUGGCUGGACCUCUUAGUUUAUCUGUGUUAUCAACCAUAGUAUCUAGAAAACGUUGGAGAAUUCGGGUUUGCCAGUUUGAAAACAGUUGCACGACGUCAAAUUGCCUGCAGUACUUCACCGGAACUUCCGGGGUAAUCACUUUCUUUAACUACGACCAGGCGUCAAUGUUUAAUAGAAGUACCACUCAGUAUUUGAAUAACCUGAACUAUGCAAUAUGUAUACGAAAGGAAGCUGGUUAUUGUUCUAUAACUUACACGAAUGUAAGAAAUGGGGUGGAAUAUCGUUUUCAACUAAAUAAUGUAAAAAGUUCUGGAAUAAGGACGGUUCCGCAAGAACAAGCUGGGGCAGAUGUUAUAAAUUGUCCAAAUGAUUAUAUAAUUUUGGAUGGUUCCAGACUUUGUGGUGAUAAACUAAAUGAUGGAUUGACCAUCAGGAAUUUUACAUUAAAUGCGCCCAUUACUGUUUCUAGUGCAGGACCCAUUGUAAUACCUGUAAUGACGGACGGUAGCCUAACUGGUUUAGGGUUUAAAAUAUUUUACACCCUAAAUAGAUGCCCUACGGUAUAGAAUUCAAAAUAUACAGGGUUCCCGAAAAAUACUUAAACUAAUUACCCAAUUCCAACAUUGCUUUGUUUUUUUGCUAGUUUUAGUAAAAAAUUAUUUAUUUUGUUAUUUAACCCAAGUAUUUAUUUAUAAUAUUAACAAAAC